CGCCGGCCUAUAUUUACCCGAGAUCUUCCUCCCAGACGGCAAGGAUGUGAGGCUGGCGAGGCAGCUACCGCUCGCGACACCGGAGGGGGCGCGCAGCAAAGGCGGGCAGCCAAGCCAGGGGAUCCCGGGAGCGCAGUCGGACACCCUCCGGAGGGAAGAAAUGAGGUAGCGACCAUCCCCGGAGCCGACCAUGCGCACGCCCCGCCCUCGGAGCCUGGCGCUGCCCUGGCGGAGCCAGCCCGGACAGUGAGCCGGAGAAGCCCGAGUCCCCGGCGUCCUGCGGGAGAGAAGAUGCAGUGAGCCACGGCGGGACUGCUGCGCUGGGCCCGCCGCGGCCAGCCGGACCCACCAUCUGAGCGCACUUGGGGCAAGCAGCUGAUUCUGGGACCCGCUCAGCCGAGGGCCUCUCUGCCUCCAGCACCCCUUGGGGGUGGGGAGCACCGACCCCUGGGCACACUAGCGGUUGAGUUUCCGCGGUUUCUGGCCCUAGCCCUGGGGAUUGUGUGUGUGUGUGAGAGGGGGCCCCUUUUCACCUUCGCCGGGGAGUUCCUGCGUAUUCUCGCACCAUCCCGGCUGCUUUUGCUGCACGCGCGCAUCCCUUUUUUCUAAAGACAUUUUCUGCUCCACUCUCGUGCUUUCUCUCAUUUUGCUUGCCCAAGACUCUUUGCCCUGGUCCUGCCCAGGCUGGGGUAAAUCUGUGUGCUCCUCCCUCCCUCCCACUCCUUGCAGUUAAAUCCUCUUAAAAAAAAAAUUCUACCCCUACCUCUUUCGGCGGGGUUCUCGAACAUUUCCCCCGCCCCCACUCCCUCCGACUGGGCCACUCCCAGCAGAGUUUUAUUUUUCGGUCUUGCCCCGGCCGGGCCCGGCCGGGGCGGGUGGCUCAGCCGGGCUCCCAAUCGGCGCUCCGCCGCCGCCGCCCAGCUGCGCUGGGGCGCCCUCCGGAGAUGCUGCCGUGGAAGAAGCACAAGUUCGAGCUGCUGGCCGAGGCGCCGCCACGGCAGGCGUCCAAACCCAAGGGCUACGCGGUGAGCCUGCACUACUCGGCGCUCAGCUCUCUGGCGCGGGCGUGCCCCGAAGGCGCGCUCAGCCGGGUGGGCAGCAUGUUCCGCUCCAAGCGCAAGAAGCUGCACAUCACCAGCGAGGACCCAACUUACACCGUGCUCUACCUGGGCAAUGCCACCACCAUCCAGGCGCGCGGCGACGGCUGCACCGACCUAGCGGUGGGCAAGAUCUGGAGCAAGAGCGAGGCGGGCCGUCAGGGCACCAAGAUGAAGCUGACUGUGAGUGCGCAGGGCAUCCGCAUGGUGCACGCCGAGGAGCGUGCGCUGCGCCGCCCGGGCCACCUCUACCUGCUGCACCGCGUUACCUACUGCGUGGCGGACGCGCGACUGCCCAAGGUCUUCGCCUGGGUGUACCGGCACGAGCUUAAGCACAAGGCGGUAAUGCUGCGCUGCCACGCGGUGCUGGUGUCCAAGCCCGAGAAGGCGCAGGCCAUGGCCCUGCUGCUUUACCAGACGUCAGCCAACGCUCUGGCGGAAUUUAAACGGCUCAAGCGGCGGGACGAUGCGCGUCACCAACAGCAGGAGCUGGUGGGCGCGCACACCAUCCCGCUAGUGCCUCUGCGCAAGCUGCUCCUGCACGGACCCUGCUGCUACAAGCCGCCGGUGGAGCGCAGCCGCAGCGCGCCCAAGCUCGGCUCCAUCACCGAGGAUCUGCUCGGCGAACAGCAGGAGCAGGAGCUGCAGGAGGAAGAGAGAGGGUUGCACACGGAGGGCUGCCCGGAGGAGGAGGAGGAGGAGGAGGAGGAGGACCGAGCCGGGGAGGGAGACCCGGCAGAGCAAGAGGCCGAGGCGCAGCGGGCGCUGGUGGUGGCCAUGCACUUCGAAUGCGGGGACUUGCUGGACACGCUGGAGAGUGGCCGCGAAGAGGCGCUGGGGGGCGGCGGGGUCUCGCCGGGUCCUGAGGCUGUGUCGCCGUCUCUGCUGCUGGGCAGCACCUCCGACAUGAAGGCCGAGCUGUCCCAGCUUAUUAAUGAUCUGGGAGAGCUCAGCUUCGGCAACGACGUACGCAGCCUGCAGGCCGACUUGCGGGUGACGCGCCUACUGUCGGGUGAGAGCACGGGUAGUGAGAGCUCCAUCGAAGGAGGGGGCCCGGAACCCACCACUACCACCGCCGGGGACCAGUCCGACCCCGCCGACUGCGCCAGCUCAGACGAGCCCCACUCGGGCUGAGCUCCCAGCAAUGUCCUGUGCGCUCCCCUGUUGCUCCAUCGUGACCCCCCCCCCCCCCCCGUCUCUCCACCACUUCCUUACCUUCCCGACCCCCCCCUCCCCCAAAGAAAGGGGAAAGGGGACACUUGAGGCCCAGACCCUCCCCCACCCCCAUACGUUUGGCUCUGUUUGAAGCAGGGCUCAGAUUGCACGUGGAGAUAUGGGGGAGGGAAACUCUACAAGGAAGGGGAGAGAGGCAGCCUCUGGGGUCUGGGGAGGGGAAGGGCAGCUGGUGUUAGCAAAGCCCCACAGGCGUGAGGUGUCUGCCGGCCAGUUUCCUGUUUGUGGGGCAGCUGGGGCCUGAGGAGGAGGGGUUAACUUCCUCCACCAGCCCCCAACUGGGAGCGGCCUGGCACUGUCAUUGACAUGUCAUUAAAAAAAAAAAAAAAGAAUUUGCUCUCACAAUGUUUGAGGCUUUAGUGCCACCUCCUUGUCCCCAGUCUUUUUGGUGCGAGAGCUUGGGUUGUUUACCUCAGACUCAGACCCUUGAAAUUCUGCCAAAUUCCUCAAAUAACUGGUGGGGAAGGGAGGGGGGGGAGAAAGAAAGUUGCAUUUUGUUUACAGUUAAAGACAUCUAAUAUCUAAAAAAGGAGUUUUCCUUUAGAAACACACACACCUUGCUCCCGCUCAAAAGAUCUCACUCCAUGAUACUGUGUAAAAUAUUUUUGCACUGUUGUGAAGUAUUUUUGACAUCUUUUUGGUUUUUUUUUUUUUGUACAUAACUGUGUUCUCAGAGUCCAAUGUUUAUAUCUUUUGCUGUGCAAAAGGGACAUGUAAAAUGUUGUUCAGCUGUAUAUACAGAAAUGUGUAUAAAACAUUUUGUUAUUUUUAAA